AUGAGAUUCAAGGCGUUCUCACUGCGGCAAAAGUCUGAGAGCAAGCUCAUUAAGAACAUGCAACACCGGUAUGGAAAGCAUUUUUCGGUCAUCCUGGGUGAUUGGAGCGACGCUGGAAAAACAAUGCGCUUUCAGGAGUCAUCAAAGACCAAGGGAUUCCGCACACUCUUUGCGAGAAACGGCAUUCCAUGCUACCUGCUGGAUGAGUAUUGA